UGUGGGGGAUGUAUAUGGAUAUAAAGAGUUAAAAGGGGGUGAGAGAGAGAGAGAGCAUGGUUGCUAUCAUUUCUCUUCUCAGACCUUUGUUGAAAGCCUUGGGAUUGAAGGCAGGGAUCUUAAUCAUAACAUAGAGGAAGUAUAAUCAUCUUCCUGUAAUUGCAGAGAGUGCAAAAAAGAGGAGAAGGGAGAUGAUACAAGUUUUCAGCCUCAAAAAGAAAAAAAAAGUGAGCCUGAAAAGAAAUAAAUAAUUGAAUUCAGAGAGAAGUAUGGAGAUUCAAGCUCUCUCUUUCUUUCUUUUGAAGGCUACUUUAAGAUAGAAAUUUGAAAGAGUAAAGAGGAAACUCAAGAAAAGUAGCUUGCUAAAAGCAAGAAGGUUUGUGGGAGUCACCUGAACUGUUUCUUUGAAUAAUAGUGAGAGAUUCCAACAGCAAGCUGGGGUUAGUUAAAUUUUAAUUUCUCAUCUUGGGAUUUUCAAGCCUUUUUUGUUAAAAAAUUAUCAUUAUGGACUCUGCAAAUAUCCAUCAUCAACAUCAGCUUCAAGACCACCUAGCUGGAUCUUCUUCUUUAUCUACCCCAUCUUGCUAUGGAGUUGCAAGCUCCCAUCCUUGGACCCCUACUCUAAACCCAAAUGUCACUUUGAAUAUUAGUAACUUUAAUCCAAAUUAUAAUGGAUUCAUCUCAAAUUCAAGGCAGAAGAAUGAGAUCCAUGUCCCUCCUCCAAAUAGUUCCGUGAUCCAAGAAGCAAGCUUGCACUGGACUAAUAAUGCAGGCAGCUUCACUAGCCAGGCAGCUCAUGAUAUGCACUUUUCAAAAAUCAAGGACAAGCUUUCAGAUUCAUUUCCAAAAUUUACAGAUAUGUUAAACAGCCCCUCAAACAUUACUGAUCAAAAGGGUUUGCAUGAUGAUCUUAGUGAGAAACUCUUGCUCAAGACCAUUUCAUCAGAUUUCCCACUAAAUGGGAAUCAGUUUUGUGCCGGAAAGUUUUAUUCUAAUGCCCAGGACGUUUCUAGUUUUGGAAAUGCUAUACCUAGUAGAGGGAACUUCAGCCAGAUUUAUCCCAGUAUAAAUGUUUCCAACUUGAACCAAUCUUCUUCAGCAACUUCAAGCUCCUUUGACAUGAACUUGCAGGCCUUGGAUCUACUAACCUCUUCAAGAUUCAGCGGAAAUUUCAGUCACCCUUCACAUAAUAACCUUUGCGCCUACAGAGAGAGCCUUCCUCUUGGCCUUGAUGAUCAUAUGCAGCAAUCAAGGCGCAGGCCAUCUUCUAGUCCUAGUGAAAUAUCAUCUUUCACCAACGAUGUAACAGAGGCAAAGAGAUCCAGCGGCACAAUAGAGCAAAAGGCAACACAAUCAGCACCAAAGAAAUCACGAUUGGAAUCUCGCCCCUCCUGUCCUCCUUUUAAGGUUAGGAAAGAGAAAUUAGGGGAUAGAAUAGCAGCUCUUCAGCAGCUGGUUGCACCCUUCGGAAAGACAGACACUGCAUCCGUACUAAUGGAGGCUAUUGGGUACAUAAAAUUCCUUCAAAACCAGGUGGAGACACUAAGCGUUCCUUAUAUGAAGUCAUCACGCAACAAGACCUGCAGAACAGUGCAAGGGGGGUCGAUGGGGGAGGGCGUGAAAGAAGAACCAACACGAGAUCUGAGAAGCCGAGGGCUGUGUCUUGUGCCAUUGUCAUGCAUGUCCUAUGUAACUAACGACAUUGGUGGCGGGGGAGGCAUUUGGCCGCCGCCUAACUUCGGUGAAAUCAAUCUGUGACUGUGUUACUUUGAGCUCUAGCAGGCUAGCUAGCUGAUUUAGAGCAUAAAUUUGUUAAUCUUAGUGGAGCAAAUUUGGUCAUCUUGUUAAAAUAGGAUUCAGGAUGGACCAAGUUUGAUCCAUUAAAAAAUUCAUGUUCCAUUACUCAUAUGAAUUUUAACGGACCUUCUUCCACAUAAAUUGUUGCCUUUGCUUCAGUAAUCUAUGAGUUGGGAUCAAUGUAUUCUUUA